UUUAUACGUUCGCUUAUUAUGAGCUUUCCACCAACUUUCAUACUUCGGAGAUACGAUUCAAAACAUAAUUAUUGAAAGAGAAACAAAAGGGAUAGGAUUUUUACGGGGUGAGAUUUAUUCGUCGCGUCGGGAAACUGCCCGCGCCAUCGGACGUCGUGUCGUUGAACUAUCGAUCGCAAUAUCGUCCUCGUCGCGACUCACCCCCCUGCUCGAGCUCCGCCGGGACGGCUCGGUUCAGCUCAGCUCGGCUCGGCGGAGCUUGAAGCGCCAUCGAAGAUGGCGACCGGAGGGUAGGGUCGGGUCGGAGACGCGCACCGCAAGGCAAUCUCUUCCCCGGGUGGAGACGGCCGUGACAGAUAUCGGGGCGAGCCGCCCGCCCGCUCGUGUCGAAGUCGCUCCGGUGAGUAAGAGACGGCCCGCGGCCACGUUCACCUCCCUGCCGAAAUAUAUAUCACGUGUGCGCGUAGCACCUGUCGGCGGCGGCCGCGGGUAACUAACUACAUCGCGCGCUUCGGCGGCGCGCCGACGAAAUCUCGCGAUACCUAUGCCUUUCGAUGAUGGUGGGUUACUCCGAUUUUCAGGAUUCGAAGCCGGAAUAGGUGGUGGUUAAAACAUUAUUAACACACACACACACAAACUCACGCUCGUUUUUCCUUUCGAUAUUGAAAUAGCGAUUAACGUCAAUAUGCAUACUUCCUUUAUUCGUCAAUGUCUAGUCAGAAAGAUAGAAAGAAGAAAAAAGAUACAAUUCGGCGAAAAAAGAAGCCUUCGAUUGAGAUAAGGGUCGGCACAUACGAGUAACCGAAACCAAACCAAAGCGUGUAAAUAUAGAACGAAGAUAACCGAGCUGAUUCACACAGAGGAAUCUCGACGGUCAUCCUCCUCACGAGGCGUUGCGCGGUGAUAUCAUACCAAAGAAAAAUCGAUCUUAUAUUAAGUUCCUGUCUACUCCAACUAUAUCGACUGUUAUAGAAUAACGAAAUAUAAAAACGAACAAUCGAUUAUUCGAGAUUAAAUCUGAAAAAAAUCGAUCGUGAUGCCUUUUUAUCAAUAUUGAAAUAAUUAGAUAAGAUAAUUAAGAACCGACAGAUUUAAUCGCGCUAAGUAUCAUACAAGUGUCAUCGAAGAAUAGAGAUUAAGUACAGCAAAUCAAAAAGAAGCGCUAAGAAACAGCUUAGCUGAGAAAGCAUCUUAAAAAAGCGAUCAAUGUUAUUGCGAAACGCGUUGGACGAUAUCGAUCUGAUGUGGGACGACGGCUCGAAAAUUGCGACGGGUUGAUCGAAUUCCCCGGUAACAUCGAUGCGGUGUUGGUCGGUCGAGUCAGCGUUUCCAAUUCAGCGACCGCUGGAAGCGACACAUGAGAGAAGACUCUCUUUCAGUAAAAGAACGACCCAUCGUAGUCUCUGCAAGAGUUCAUGGGAGGGACAAACAAAAGGACGAAACUUCAAAACGCACAUUGUUGAUUUUUAUGGACUAUUCAAUCAUCUAAAGAUUGAAAACCACGCUGGCAAAGAUAAAAUUCCGAAAGGCUCGAGGAAAAAUUAAUAAUCAAUUGACAAAGCGAGAAUUAAAGUCGUCAAGUUAUACAUAGAAAGACAACAACUUGUAAAUAAACGCAGACUUUAGAGAGACUCGAACGCCGCUUAUACUUUAAAAUCAAUGCGAACCAAAGACGGGAUAAGACGAGCUGUACAUCUCGAAUGCGUGAUCUUAUUCGGGAAUCUCUAAGACAAAUUAGCUUCGAAGUAAAAUAGACGACGAUAAAUGCUGUGAUGAAUAGGCGAAUGACAGGGUGAAAAAGGUGAGAGGUCACAAACAUAAGAAAGGAAAGGUUGCGGUGACAGCCGUGCGAAGGGAGGCCGAGGAUUCGACUGGAAGAACACGGAAAGAGCGACGGGGUGGCGGAAACGGCUUUUAGUGAGAAAGAGAGAGAGAGAGAGAGGCGGGGGAAGAGGAGCGCCCCGUCAAGAGGGGUGCACAUCGGGCUGAUAUCGACCGAGGAUUGCGCUUGCGUGGAAAAAGGCGCGAGCGCAAUCGCUCCAAGAGAGCAGCGGCGUCCUCCGUGUCGAAAGAGGAAGAGGAAACUCUCGUUCCCCGUCGUCAGUCGAUUGUCGUGCCGACGAGGAACGGGCUGCCGCAGCUGCCGUCCGGGAAAGACUUCCGGCCUCCUCCUGGCAGAGGUCGGCAGGGCCCCGGUAUACUACACGGUGAUUCCAACGCCCGCACUGGCCCACACUUCCGGGAGCCCGAGCUGCCCUGCCCGGGCGCGAUCUCGCGGUGAGCUCGAUUCCGCUCGGCAUCGCGUCAGAAAUCGUCACCAUCACCGGGGGACGGGGAAAAACCAGCGCGAGCGGUUGAGAAGGGGAGCAAGCGAGGUAUAUCGGGACGAUAAGAACGCGAUAAGCGAACCCGCGCUUUAUAAGCACGCUUGUGUGCGUGUGUACGUGCGUAUCGUCUCCUCUCCUCUUCGCCUCUCUCGCUUUCUUGGCCUGACCUCGUCGCCGUUCGCGCCGAUAAAAGACGAAUCCAGAGGUUUCUUUGAGAACAACAGCGCUGCCAGUUUGGGUCUGACGAUACCACGGCGCGGUUAUUAGGACAUUAAGUAACAAAUGAAGAUUUAAUAUCCGAAUCCGAUAGAAUUCAUCAAAUGUUUUGCUUCGUCGAUGCUAACAUAUUCGUGUCGCGUUUUCCAGAUUCAAUCGCACAUGAAGCGACAUCGAUGCCUGGCAGUUUCAUUCGGAAGUGACUGAUCGUAUGCAUAAUAAAUUCACAAGCCGAGCAAACGCGAUUCAGUAUAAGAGAAUUUUCUGAACUGUCGGAUUUAUUUAUAGAGAGCUUGAUCUUGACCUAGGUAUCAUAAGAUAUCGUAUUUCGUACCUAUCGGCAUAGUUCUUCCAGAUAGUAACGCAUGUUUACGAGUGUGAACGGAGAAAAAACCGAUGAUUGAUGCGAGUUAUCGAUAAAGCCGAGCAAUUGAUACGUCAUACAGUAUGCUGAGAUAAUCAAAGUCAAGCGUCGAAAUCUCUCGAGGCGUUAUAUCGUGAUUGCGCUAUCUGUGGCAAGGCGCAAUGAUCAGCAUGCAGCAACAGACAGUUUUAAAUCAGGUAGCCGGGCCUGAGCAGCCGCAGGAGGAAGUUCAGCUGACCGAAUUGCUGCCGGUGAAGCAAUCGCGCAUCAGGGAGAAUAUCUUCAAGGAUGGUGACGCGACAGACGCUCUGAGAGCACUUAGGAGUUUUUCAGGCGAUUGCGGUGACGGUGAAAGCUUUGAUUAUAAUUUUUGCAAAAGCGUCGAGCAAUCGGAACGUCAAAGUAAUGGUAAACAUCGACGAGCGGAAGCUCGUCGAAGAAGGACGGACGAGCUUAGAAACAAUGCUGAAGACGUAGAUUACGAUGAAGAGAAGAAUGAUGACGAGGCGAUAGGGAAGAAUGCGAAGAAAACGCGAAGUGGCAAGAAUAUUCGCGUGAAAGCGCCGAAGAGGAAAUUGGCGAGAUCGAGCAAAAGAAAGAGUGAUGACAGGGAUAGCGAUUAUGGAACAAACGAGAAAUUGAUCAGAAAGAAUUCUACUAGAUGCGAUGAAGAAUUCGCACCCGAUUACGACGAAGAAGACGAACAGCUUUAUUUAGACUUGGAUAAGAGAGAUUAUUUUAAAGAUGAGGUAUACGUAUACAGACGAGAACCGCUGGACCUAUGCUCGAACUCGGAACCAGAGGAAUUAGGAGCAAUCCGAGAUCGCGAGAUUCAGCAGGAUCUUUGCGAGAAGGAUUAUUCCACUACAGAUGGCAACUUAUUCGGAACUGUUCGGCGCAAGAGAAGUUUCACUAAUAACAUCAAGAAUUGCGAAAAAGAAAAAUGUAAGACGUCCAACGUCGACGAAGUUGUCGAGAAGGAAAAUUCUGAGAAAGAACUUAGACUAAAAAUCGAUGCUAUUAUUCAAGCAAAUUAUUUACUGGAGCGCGAGAACAAUAAUGUCGUCGGUUCUGAGAAACUCAAAAUUGCGGAAAGUAUCAGUAGCUCCUCCACUGCCGCUUCAAUAAACGCAGAAAGUAGCGAUAGCUCCCUGUGCAAUUCUGUCGAGAUGAAGAAAGCAACGAAGAGAAAGAAGAAGAAAAAGAAGAUCGAGCAGAAUACGCAAGCGAAGGACGAGCAAAAUCCUCAGAAGAAGUAUUGCUGCGUCAUGUGUGACGCCCGCUUUAAGGGUAGCGGUGGUUUGCGGAAUCAUUACAAGGUGGUGCAUGGCGCCGGGCCGGUAUUCAAAUGCGACGAGUGCGGCAAGGAAUUUCCGCUAAAGGAACGACUGAAACUGCACGUGCGCACGCACACCGGUUUCAAGCCGUAUAAAUGUCCGGAGUGCGAUAAGAGCUUUGCGCGAGGCGGUCAACUGGUACAGCAUCGUCGCACGCAUAGCCAGGUCAGGCCAUUCCGCUGUGGCCUGUGUUCCAACAGCUUUACCUGCGCGGCCAAUCUGUCGCUCCAUGUGAAACGUCACAACGGCCAGAAGGAUCACAAAUGCGAUCUAUGUGGACGAGCCUUCGUACGGCGUGAUGCCCUGAAGAAGCAUCUGGAGUGUCUACACCGCGACGUCAAGUCGUUUCUCUGUGCAAUCUGCAACAAGACUUUCAAGGGCCACCUUCCACAGCAUAUGAGGACGCAUGCACGCGACCGUCCGCAUGGCUGUGCCACGUGCGGCCAGCGAUUCGCCCAAAAAUCCCAGCUGACCGUGCACCAGAGGACUCAUUCUGGCCAGCGGCCUUUCCGCUGUCUCGUCUGUUGGCAGGCCUUCGCUCAUUCGACCGCUCUAAAACUACAUACCCGCCGCCACACCGGCGAACGACCUUUCAAGUGCUCUGAAUGCAACGCCGGCUUUACUCAGCUGCCGCAUUGGAAGAAGCAUAUGAAGUGCAUACACGGCAGGAACGAUCCGUACGGAUGCAAACGUUGCAAGAGUUUCUUUAGGAUUAAGAGUGACCUGGAGAGUCAUGAGAAAACCUGCCAUCCGGAGAUGGAAGUGGAGGACGACGGUAGCGGUAUCGCCGGCAAACCGACCGGCGGUUCCGAGAUUGUCGAGAAGAAUUCGGUUACUGCGAAGUAUAAGCUGAUGACAGUGGAAAAGAUGCGGUUGCUAUUAGCAGUGCUGCUGAAGAGGAUUAGCAAGCAGGAGCGAUUGGACGAGCUCGGCUUUGGUAAACGGCUUAUCGAUGAUGUACUUCAGGAUUCGCUGGUGUCCGCUGGUAAGGAACCAGUCACGAGAGGCGGUUUAUCUGAACUCGAGGCUCUCACUCGAAACCUGGAGAUCUUCCUGGAAUGGACGGUGCCGAGAGAACACUGGGACAAUUUCCGUAGGAUGAAAAAGUCGCCAGAAGAUAUUCUAGAAGCGCUCACGGCUACGUAAAUAUAUUCGUUUGCUAAUAAUAACUUCAUUAUCUUCCUAUGAAAUUUAUGAGAUAGCAAAAUUAGACCGGUAGUAAAAUUAUUUUGCACGCGUUUAUAUAGACGAUGAAAUGUUUCAACAAUUUUUUUUUCUGUGUAUUUUAUCGAUUCUAAUUAUAUCAAAAUUUAAUCAUUUACAGUUCGCGUCAUCUCACAUUUUAUAACUUUUCAGAACUUUUUCCUAAUGCUUUGAUAUCUUUUAUCUAACGUCAUCUAACAUUCGAUUUUUCAUUUAAUUUUUACACGCAAUUAUAUGUAUAUAUUUUCCUUUUACAUUUUUUCCAAUUCUUGCUGCAUUAGAAAAAUCUUUUAAGAAGUAAAAUAAGAAAUGAGCGUUACAGUGGUCAAUUGAUAUGAUCUCUGCAUCCUCGUUUUUCUUAAUAAUGAUAAAGACUAAUAAUGAAUUCUUUCGCACGCAAGGACUAUCGGAUCAUUUUUAAUCAAUCAACGGAAGAUGAAACCAUUAAGGCUAGAUUUAAGUCUAUUGACGCGCGUAUAUAUAAUUUCUUUCUUUGUCUUUUUCUUUCUUACGUAAGAUUCUUUUUACCAUUUGAAAUUGGAAAAUGCGUAACAUUUCACCGUUUUCCGUGUGAUAUAGAUAUAAUCUAUAAUAAUUAACACGAAUGUUAAAUAAUCUCCUGUGGUGCCAUGUGUCGUAAUACUUGCCAUACUGAACCAGUGAAUGUACCGUAUUGUUUAGAAGCUAAAGUAAAAUAUAAAUUCGUCAUUUUAUUUAUAGCGUGAAGCAAAUUAACGAAGAGUGUACGUUGAGGCGCGUUGUUGAAUUAAUAAUGAAAAAAAUCGAUGCAAAGAAGGCACAUGUGUCUUUAUCAAAACGAUCUUUAUCAAAUGACAGAAAUAAACCAUGUACCGCACUUCUUUACACGAUUUUACACGACUGAAGUAGAGUUAGAUGUUCUCUUGCCAUAUUUGUUAAAACAUACAUACAUACAAGUGCACAUUAGUGAAGAAUACGAUGGAGGCUUGCAUUUUUGCACCUAAAUUUUAUCGUAAUUAUAAGCAUACACGACUGUUCGUUAACCGUAUACCAAAAAAUGAGGCUAUUACGAGUCUUCAUAAUUAUAUAUGUUCUUUCACACAUGCAAUCGUUAUUAUCCUUACAUAUUUAUAAAAAUACACACACACACACACACACACACACACACACACACACACACACACAUCA